AUGGACUGGUCCACCGGCGAUCUGGUGUGGUUCGAUCCGGGCCUGGGUCACCCACUGCCCGGUGAGAUCCAAGAGGUUCACCGCGCCGCCCAGAUGAUCAUCGUCCAGGCACUCAUCAACGGAAAGCCGCAAACGUUCACGCUCGGGCCGAACGAGGGAAACAUUCGGUCCCGCCAGGAUCUGGGCAAAACGGGGGUCGAAGAUAUGACGCAGCUGGAGGACCUGCACGAAGCGUCGCUGCUGUGGAACCUGAAGCUCCGGUACGACAACGGACUGAUCUACACGAACGCCGGCAGUAUCCUGAUCGCGAUCAAUCCGUACAAAAUGUUCCCGGAGUCGUACGGCAUCGAGAUGGCGCAGCUGUACGCGGGUAAACCGCUCGGGACGCUAGCACCGCACCUGUUUGCGAUCGGGGCGGCAGCACACGCCGCUCUUCCUUCGCCCCAGGUCGUCGUCAUCUCGGGCGAGUCGGGCUCGGGCAAAACGGAAUCGACCAAGCUGGUGAUGCAGUACCUGGCGGCGGUCGUCCCGGGCGGUGGAUCGGCCUCGACCGUUAUCACCGAGCAGAUCCUGGAGGCGGCCCCGCUGCUGGAAGCGUUCGGGAAUGCGCGCACCGUGCGCAACGACAACAGCUCGCGCUUCGGCAAGUACCUGGAGGUGUACUUCAAGUCCGGGGCCAUCAUCGGUGCCAAGAUUACGCAGUACUUGCUGGAGAAGUCCCGCAUCGUCACGCAGGCGGCCGGCGAGCGCAACUACCACGUGUUCUACGAGCUACUGGGUGGCCUCGCGGAGGCCGAGCGCAUGAAGUACGGGCUGCUGGAGGCGGACAAGUACUUCUACCUCAACCAGGGCGGCUCGGACUGUGCCCCGGGCCGCAUGGACUGGGCAUCGCUCCAGAGCGCCAUGCAGGUCCUGGGCGUCACCGAGAGCGAACGGGAGGGCAUCGUGAAGGUCCUGGCGUCGGUGCUGCAUCUCGGCAACGUGUACUUCCACCGCCGCCAGCUGCGCCACGGCCAGGAGGGUGUCGAGAUUGGGUCCGACGCCGAGAUCAAGUGGGCUGCCCACCUGCUCCAGUUACCGUCCGAGGGCAUCCUGAAGUCGCUUACGUCGCGCAUCACCGAAACGCGAUCGGAGCGCCUCUACACGCCGCUCGGCAUCGAUCAGGCGCUCGAUGCGCGGGAUGCCCUCGCGAAGGCUCUCUACUCGGGACUGUUCAACUGGCUAGUAUUGCGCAUCAACUCGAUCGUGCACCGGGGCGGUACGCACGAUGCGCAGCGGCUCUCGAUUCUCGACAUCUUCGGGUUCGAAGAUUUGGCCGAGAAUUCGUUUGAGCAGCUGUGCAUCAACUACGCCAACGAGAGCCUGCAGCUGUACUUCAACAAGCACGUGUUCAAGCUGGAACAGGCGGAGUACGCGCGCGAGCGCCUCGAAUGGACCAACCUCGAGUGGGAGGACAACCUGCCGGUGAUUCACCUGCUCGCGAAGAAGCCGGUCGGGAUCUUUCACCUGCUCGACGACGAGUCGAACUUUCCCCGUGCGAACGAUUCCAGCUUUCUCGAGAAGUGCCACUACAACCACGCCCUGAACGAGCUGUACUCUCGGCCGAGGGUCGGUGCGCAGGAGUUUGGCAUCACGCACUACGCCGGCCAAGUGUGGUACUGUGUCGAUGGGUUCCUGGAAAAGAACCGAGAUGCCCUCCGGAUGGAUGUGAUCGAGUUGCUGAGCUCGAGCGCAGAACCGCUGGUGGGCGAAAUGACGAAACAGUUGCGUGCCCAGCGAGACGUGGGCAAGACACUGCCGAAGGGUUCGAACGGACGGUUCGUUACGAUGAAGCCCCGCACGCCCACGGUUGCGGCCCGGUUCUCCGACUCACUGCAGCAGCUUCUCCAAUCGAUGGCCAAAUGUAACCCGUGGUUCGUGCGUUGCGUGAAACCGAACAACGACAAGCAAGCGUUGCGUAUGGAUAUGCCGUGCGUCCUGCAGCAGCUCCGUUACCUGGGCAUGCUGGACACGAUCAAGAUCCGCCAGUCGGGCUAUCCGGUGCGGUUGCGCUUCCAGCAUUUUGUCGAGCGUUACCGGCACCUCAUGAAGGCACCGCUGCCGAAGGGAACGCCGUACCGGGAGUUGUGUCGCUUCGUGCUGGACGCACUGCCCGGCACGACCACCGAGGGUCCCGAUUUUCAGCUCGGCGCAACGCGCGUGUUCCUUCGCGAGGCCCUCCACCGUACGCUGGAGUCGAGCCGUGCCGAUCGUCUGCGGGUCGCAGCGGUCACCAUCCAGCGUAACGUGCGCGGGAUGUUGGCACGCAAAAAGGUGCAGCGUGAGGUGCGCGGGGCGAUCGCAAUCCAGCGCUACUGGCGCGGGUACCGUGAGCGCAACCGGUUCCUCACGAUCCGGCUGGGCGUGAUCCGGUAUCAGGCGCUGUUCAAGGGCCACCUGCAGCGCAAGCGUUACGCCAAGCUGAAGAACGAACUGAAGCGACGCCGAGAAGCGGAGCGCCUGAAGAAGGAACGUACGGCGCAACGGUUGGCGAAGGAGCAGGUGGACCGUGGGUCCUCGGUUCCGCUCGACAUUCCGGCCGAGCUGGCGUUCAUCUUUUCCAAGUCGGAAAAUUGGGCCGGCCAGCAGUGCGACCGGAACCUGGUGAAGGUGGUCGGAACCGUUCCGGGGCCACCGUCGGCCGCCGAUCUACCGCCCGAUCUGGAUCAGUUCGCGUUCGGCAAGUUCGCCUCGGUUUACUGCAACGGCGUGAAGCUGUCGCCGCGGCGUGACAUCAUCACGGCACCGUUCCUGUCGCGGGCCGCUGCCCGCGAUCAGGAUUUUAAGGAUGCGAUCGCCAUCUUCAAGCUGAUCAUUCGCUGGACGACCGACGCAACGAUGGACGCGAACCGGGAGAAGCUGCUAGCGGACUACAUCGUCCACAAGGGCCUAUCGUCGCGCGGGCUGCGCGAUGAGAUCCUGGUGCAGAUCUGUAACCAGGUGUACCGGGCAGACGAACCGACCGCUGACAAACUGUGGACGCUCCUGUCGCACUGCCUGUCGGCGUUUCAGCCCGGGUCAGCGUUCUGCAAGUACUUGAUCAAGUUCAUCGUCGAUCACGCUCCGCCGAACACGAAGGAGCAGAUCUUGAAGAAGUUGCUCCGCAACACGAACGCUGGCCAAACGAAUCCGUGCCGGCUUUUUCCACCAUCGUGGCUCGAGUGGCGGGCCUCGUCCCGGCUGGCCGAUACCGCACUGGGGUUGAACCUGCCCGACAACAGCGUCCAGACGGUGGCCGUCGACUCGUGGACGACGUGCGAGGAAGCGGCCGCCCUGGCGAUCUCGUCCUUCGGCAUCCCAAACCUCGGCUGGACGGUAGUGAUCGACGAAGCCGAGCAGCUGACCGACUCCUGCGGGCUCGACUUUGUGCUUGACCUCGUCUCGGAAAAGGAACUGCCACCGGCUUUCCCGGCCGUUCGCAGUGAUAUCUGGCGCUGCGGCAAGAAACUGUCCACGGGCUCGGGACAGCCGGGCUCACAUGCCACCCCGGAUGGCGGCCUCGAACCGAGCAGCCCCAAGCGACCGCAGGUGCCACCACCGGAACCACCGUCCGCGAAACGGAGCUCACACGCCGGCAGCAGCAGUGAGCUGGUUGCCGUCCAGACCGGACCGAAGAAGUCACUGCACGGCGGGGAACCGCCGCUCCUGAAGUCUGACUACGGGUCGCGUCAUCUGGGCGAUCCGGUGGGGCGUAAGAGUUCACACGAUGUGGCCCUGUUGGCACGCCACAAGCACCGCGAGGAGCGGUCGUUCUACGAGGACAAGAGUCGGUCCCGGUCGCUGGACGAUUUGUUGGCGGGCGAACAGGACGACGUGCUGCCGGCGGAGUCGGACGAGCAGGACAGCUCCAUGACGCUCACGCUGGGCGACGGUCGGAGCGGGCGUGACAAAUACCGCUCGGUGGACACGAUCGCCCCACUCAAGGAGCCGCGCUUCGUGAAGUCCCAGUACGCCGGCAAACGGACCGCCGGAUCACACUCGCUCAAGUACGCCGAGAAGGCCGAGUUCAGUGUCCGCUCGUCGGCCAUGUCGGACACGAGCGAAGCGCCGUCCCUGGCCAGUCACGUACGGCGUGUGCGUGUCCCAUCGCAAGCCUCCGACGUUGACCAGUUCCUGGACGAUCUGUUCAGCCCGGUCCUGGACGGAUCGCUCGACGAGCUGUCCGAUGCCCGCUCGCUGGCCGCCAGCAUCCGUGGCGGUGGUGACCGGUUCGUAGACGAGCUCCUGGCCACCAUCCGGACCGACGGUUCGUUGACCGACCUUGAACGGAGCGCGACACUUGUGCUGCACACCAAGGGCGGUACGGCGCAUCAGACGAAAAAUGCCGGUCCUUCGAACGGCUUCUCAGCGAACGCCUCGAACAGCGCACCGCUGACACCGGGCAACUCGAGCUCCCUCCUCAUGAUGGGUUCCGUCGGCCCGGACGUGGUAAUGCCAGUGUUCACCAUUCCGCCCGGGGUCGAUAGCACCGCGUACCAGCAGCAGAUGCAGCGCGCCUUCCUCCAAUCCGCCAUGGCGCAAAACAUUCAGAUCCAGCAGCAACUGAUGGCCCAGAAUCAGGCCCUGCAAACGCUGCUCACGCAACAGGAUGGUGGUCCCGGCUCGUCCCCACCGACCCCGAAGCACAACAGCUCCGUGUCGCCCACAUCCGGCGCCGUCCAGCCGCAGGGACGCAAAAUGAGCGCCAAGAGUGGCCCCGGGCUGCGAUCCGAGUCGAACGCCCCGGGUCAGCCAUCCGCAUCCGGUGGAUCGUUCUCGGAGAUGCUGCGCGCCCGCAAGGACUCUUCGUCGUCCAACCUGAUACCGCCGCCACCACCACCCCCGCUCCCGCCACCGCUCGAGCUGAAGGAUCCGUUCGAAGUGCGACCGUUCCUCGAUCCAUACGGACGCGCCAAGACGGUGCGCAUCGGCAAGUGGCGCUGGCCACCACCGCAGGGCGUCCAGGGCGCGACCACCGAGACAGAGGAAACGUUCAUCCAGUUCAAGAUGACACGCCAGAGUAACCGCAAGACGACACCCCAGUCUCAGCACAGCAGCAACCUCGACUCACCGCCUAUUCUCGGUUCCCCACCGAACGGGGUCGAGUGGGAAGAGUUCGAAAUCGACCAGAAGCUCGAGCAGGGGCCCCAGGGCAGCGGGGCCGACGGGGCGAAGGGUGGUCAGCCGGCGGCGAGUCGGCUUGGCAGGCGGAGCUUCGAUAUCGGUGCCGACCGACCGCCACCGAACAGUGUCGGCAAGCUGAAGCUUAGCAACGAGAUGCGCCAACGGCUCGAGCAGGUCACCGCCGGCCAUUCGGUGCGCUCGGCCAGUGCCAAAUCGGACCGGCCGGAACGUACCCCGGCCAAGCUGGAGGACACCCGGCGGAUGAUGCUGGAACAGCAGCUCGGCGGAAUGAAUGCUCCCGGCGGUACCAAAUCGCCCGGGGCGAUGACCGAAUCACCCUCCGUAAAAACCCACGUCCAGCGGAUGGAAGCGGGCAAGAAGAGUUCUCCGGCUACGGCCUGGCCUACGGUACUACCACCGGCUCCGCCAGGACCCGCUCCACCACCACCGAUUAGACCACCGACGACGACGCCACCGGCACCGCCACCACCGAUCCAUGGGCUCGGAUCCGGGCCGAACCAUCACGCCCACGGCCAGUCGGAAAUACCGUCCUUUGUGCAGCGCCAGGAGCGUGACACGUUCGGGACACGCGACAGCCUGAUGGACUCUUGGGGUCGUGCCGAGGCCGCCAAACUGGAUUUGGUGUACGAAACAAGUUUCAAGAAGGAAAUGAUAAUCGAACGCGAACGUUCGCGCUCGCGGUCCCGAUCGCGCGAUCGCGAUAACUUUUCCGAAUCCGUCUGGGACCGGUCGGAGGUCGAGGGUCCGUCUUCGACCUCCAGCGAUCCGCGGGAUCGCGACCGGGACAAGGAACGGGAGGCCCGCGAACGUAACUACGAACUAACGCAACUGCAGCGUGAAAAGGAAAGCAACAAAGUGUUCCACCCGAGCACCAACAAACAGCACCAGCAGCAGCACCAGCAACAAUAUCAGCAACAGCAACAGUAUCAACAACAGCAGAAGCAGUACCUGGCACACAGUGGCCAGGGCCAGUCGAACUCGAUCGCCACCUUCAAGACGCACAUGGUGCAAAAGAGCGUCCAGGAGCGCGAGCGCAAGUCGUCGGCGGCCACUACCAACGGGUCGGUUUACAGUGAGAAGCUGGACGAUGGGAGCGGCGGUGGCGGCGUCGAACCGCCGGCACCGGUCAUGCCGGUGCAGAUGAACCCAUCUCUCAAGGCACCGGCGGCCGCGUGCCUCACGUACAAUCGCGUCACCUGGACGCUGCGCGUCCGCAAGGAAGUAUUCCGUCCGAGCGAAACCGUCACCGCACCGGCGGCGCUCGAUCUGCUGUUCAACCAGAUCACGGCCGACGUGUUCGGGGUCACGUCCUGCAUGCGGAUAUCGCCCCAGGAGAAGCGGCUGGCGGUGAACCUGCUGAGCAGCCACGGAAUCACCACGAACGGCCAUACCACCCCGAAGCAGCAGCACGUCCGGGCGAUCGUCAAGCGGCACGUGCUGGAUAUGGCCCGCGGUUGGCCACUCUACUUUGCCCGGCUGUUCGUGAUGAACGGAUCGCCCACGAUCCAGGAGGGCACGCUGCUGGCCGUCUCGCACCUGGGCGUGUUCCUGGCGCACAAGGAGCCCGAGUUUCUCGCCAUCCAGCGGGCCAUCCCGUUCGACGAGAUACAGAGCGCCACCACGUUGCCGCGGCCGCUGACGCUGCAGUUGACGCUCAAGAACGGAGCACGUAUCGUACUGCACGCCUCCAAAGCAAACGCCAUCCAGAUGAUGGUACAAUCGUAUCUCGCCGAGUACCGCCAGACUCAAUCGAAAGGGUCGACCAUAUCGUCGGGUGUGCGGGCCGCGGCCGCCACCCUGAACGUGCCGCUCGAGCGAUUGGAAACUUCCAACAUCAACAGUCCCAGCUCGCCGAACCAAUCUUCGCCGACGGAGAAGGGCCACCACCACCACCUGCAGCAGCUUGGCCACCAUCACCUUCACCACCACCAGCAGCUGCUGGAUGAGUUCGAGGACAUGCACAUUGAGCACGGGCUGCCUCCGUCGGCGUCACCACCACCGAUCGGUGGCUACGGCAACGCGGUCAUGAAGCACGGCAGCAACGGGACGACGCAUCACUCACCGUACGGCGAACGGAGCGCCGGCGCUGAGCCAGGCCCAAGAUCCGGUAGCGGCGGAGGCGGUGGCCCGGUCGUGGCGAACCACAAAAACUCACCCAUGGGUAACGGCGGCAAUGGCAAUUACAGCGAGAUGCACAUCGCGACCCAUCACGACGACUCGUCCCCAACGCAAACGUCGCUGACCAAGCACUCUUUGCUGCAGUUCGCCAUGCAUCACUUCCGAACCGAUGAAGAGUUCAAAUCGAUCCGUUCCGACAAACGGGCCAUGCGCAACCAGCACGCGGAUCUGGUGAAAUGGCAGGGAUAUCCUCUACGGGCCCCGUUGUUGCGGUUGCCGCCCGAUCUGACACCGUUGGCCCUCGAGUGCUUCGACUGCGUGCUACGAUACUGUGGCGAUCUCGCCGUCGAUCCCGAGCUGUCCGAGGUUAAGUGUGUCUACACGGUGCUAAUGCACUGCCACAAACACCUGGCCCUGCGCGACGAAGUGUACUGUCAGCUGAUGAAGCAAACGACGGCCAAUCGAUCGGCCUGCCCCGAUUCUGCGCAGCGUGCCUGGCGCUUGCUAAGCAUUCUGGCCGCGUACUUUGGCUGCUCCGACGCCCUGCGGCCCUACCUCAUCGAGCAUCUAACGUCUGCGGCCUCGGAUCGGCGCCGACCCUGUCACGGGACGGCGGCCGUUUGCCUAACGAACCUCCGCAAGACGGCGCGUUGCGGUGGCCGUAAGAACGUACCAAGUGUCGAAGAAGUUACCGCCGUUUCCGCCGGCAGAUCAGCUCGACGUCAGAUCUACCGCCUGCCGGGGGGUGCCGAGAGAAUCGUCAACACGCGGUGCUCCACGGUCGUCGGAGACGUGAUAGCCGAGCUGUGCUCGCUACUGGGCAUCGAAUCCCCGGCCGAACAGCAGGAGUUCUCGCUCUACUGCAUCGUGCAGGGUGAUGCCUUCACCAUGCCGCUGGCGGCGGACGAGUACAUUCUCGACGUAACCACCGAGCUACUCAAGUCUGGCCAACCAUUCUACCUGAUCUUCUGUCGCUCGGUUUGGCAUUUCGCACUCAAGCGCGAUCCUGCACCGACCCCACUCUACAUCGAAGUCCUGUUCAAUCAAGUGGCCCCGGACUACCUGGAGGGCUUGCUGUUGGAACUGCCAAACGGUGGGGCCCCAAGCCCGGACUAUGUGCGCGACAUGGCGCGAAUUGCGGCCAUUCUCCACCGUGCCGCCGAUUUGAACCAUUUGCCCGCGAUGAAGGAAAUCAAAUUCCUGCUGCCCAAGCCCGCCCUGUCGUUGCGGGAGCUUCGUCCGGCACAGUGGGUAGCGCUUGUGCAGUCAGCGUGGCCAUCGGUGGCCGGACUGAGUCCGAUUCAGGUGAAGGCACAAUUUCUGAACGUGCUCUCCUCGUGGCCCCUGUUCGGUAGCAGCUUCUUCGCCGUGAAGCGCGUCUGGGCAGACGAAAACCCGAUGGAAGAGCCAAGCCCGAUGUGGCGCGAGCUGAUACUCGCCCUCAACCGGCGGGGCGUGCUUUUCCUCGACCCGAACACGCACGAAACGAUGCAACAUUGGCCAUUCAAUGAAGUGAUUUCAACGCGAAAGGUACGGUCGGAAGAUGGGGCGCUGUUUCUCGAUAUGAAGGUUGGCAAUCUGCUGCAACAGCGCGUAAUACGCGUGCAAACCGAACAAGCGCACGAAAUCUCAAGGCUCGUCCGCCAGUACAUCACCAUGGCCCAGGCACAGCAGCGCGAUCGCCGGGAGUAAAGGCGACAAUCGGCGAUCCGUUCCCGGGCGACGCGUAUGGUGCAAACUACGUCGGAUAGUUAGCGUAAUCACAAUACAUAAUAUGAAAAAGAGACAGAGAGAAAGUGCAGGCAGCCGAUGUUUUAGAUGACUAUAAGAACUUAGGGUUAAUUGUGAACAUUUAAUGUAUUGGGUAACUCUAGUGUGGGGGAAAUCUAACGGAAUUCCGGCGACAGAGAAGCGCCUCUCGGUUCUACCGACCAAUCACAGAUUCAAACAACUCAAAGCAUACACACACUCACAUAUCAUGCUGUAUGAUUAUAAUUUUCUACAUAUUUCUGAA